AUGAACCGAUCUACUUCCAGCGACCUGAUUCGUCGUGCCAAGCGCAGCAUUCCCGGUGGCGUCAACUCACCUGUGCGCGCAUUCAAAGGCGUGGGCGGUGACCCGGUAUUUUUCAAUCGAGGCAACGGCCCGUACGUGUACGAUGUGGACAACAAUCAGUACGUCGAUUACGUGGGGUCAUGGGGACCCAUGAUUCUGGGUCACGGCCACCAGCCCACCGUGGACGCUGUUGUUGCUCAGGCACAAAAAGCUCUCGGCUUUGGUGCGCCGACUGAAGGCGAAAUCACGCUGGCAGAGGCCAUUAUCGAACGUGUCCCCAGCAUUGAAAAAGUGCGCAUGGUGAAUUCCGGUACCGAAGCAACGAUGUCAGCCAUUCGACUUGCACGUGGAUUUACCGGCCGCGACAAGAUUCUGAAAUUCACCGGCUGUUAUCACGGCCACUCAGAUUCACUGCUGGUAAAAGCAGGUAGUGGUGUACUGACGCUGGGCAUACCCAAUUCGCCUGGCGUACCUGCAGCCGUCGCCGCGGAUACGUUGAACGCACCUUUUAACGAUAUCAGCGCUGUGCAAGCCAUCUUUGCUCAGUACCCGGAACAGAUUGCCUGCAUCAUUGUUGAACCCAUUGCCGGAAAUAUGGGCUGCAUCCCACCGGUUGAAGGUUUUUUGGAGGGGCUUCAGGACAUUACCCGCAAGGAUGGCGCGCUGCUGAUUUUUGAUGAAGUCAUGACCGGCUUCCGCGUGCAUAAGGGCAGCGCUCAGGGCAUGUAUAAUAUCCAACCCGACUUAACCACACUGGGGAAAAUUGUUGGCGGCGGUCUGCCGGUUGGCGCAUUUGGCGGGCGCGCCGAUGUCAUGUCCUAUAUAGCUCCUGAAGGUCCGGUGUAUCAGGCAGGCACUCUGUCCGGCAACCCACUUGCGGUAAGCGCAGGUCUCAGCACUCUGUCGCACCUGGAUGACGCGUUGUACGAGCGCGUUGCACAAGCAACCGACGCGUUGGUUGCAGGCUUAAAGGCGUUGGCUGCCAAGCACAAAGUGCAAAUGGCCACGAAUCACGUCUGUGGCAUGUUUGGUCUGUUCUUUGAUGUGGAGCAGGUUGAAAACUUUGACCAUGUAUCAAACUCCAAUGUCGAAAAGUUCAACCGCUUUUUCCAUGCCAUGUUGGAUAAUGGUGUCUAUCUGGCACCUUCCGCAUUCGAAGCAGGAUUUGUCUCAGGCACACACAACAGCGAGGCAAUCGAAGCCACGAUCAACAUGUACGACGUUUUUGGACUGGGUAAUGCCCUGGUCGACACUGAAGUGAAUAUAGACGAAGGAUUUCUGCAUACGCAUCGAAUUGCUAAAGGGCACAUGACGCUGGUGGAUACCGAGCUGAUGCAAUCUCUCGUCGCUGCGGUCGCUGAACUGCCUAAGAACAGCUGCAGCGGCGGUUCUGCCGCCAACACUAUCUACGCUGUGCAGGGUCUAGGUUUGAAAGCUUGUUACAACUGCAGACUGGCCCAUGACCAAACCGGUGAUUUUUUUGUCCAGGACCUCACCGCCUCUGGCGUUGAAAUUAACGCCAAUGCCCAAGGUAACUCGGACACCGAGGGCCCGGGCAAUUCCGGUCAAUGCCUGGUACUCAUCACCGCUGAUGCCGAACGCACCAUGAUGACAGACCUGGGCGUAUCGGUUGAAUUGAGUAUCAACGAAGUCAACACUGAAGCAUUACAAAACUCUCGUUACUACUACGUAGAAGGCUACAUGGCAGCGUCACCCAGCGCGACCGCCGCAUCAGUUUACUGUCGUGAGCUGAGUGAGACGCAUGGCAUUGAUGUUGCUGUUUCACUUUCCGACGUAUCGAUGGUCGAAUUCUGUCGAGACGGCUUACAUCAAAUGUUAGGCAACGGCAUCAACCAACUGUUCUGCAAUGAAGAAGAAGCCCUAUCCUGGGCAAACACAGAUCGCAUAGACAUCGCGAUAAAAGAACUGAAGGACAUCGCUCCUGAAGUUUACGUCACCCUCGGCGCCAAAGGUUCUAUCGCUGUUGCCAGAGAAGGCGGUGGUGAAGCGCCUGGUGUCGCUGUAAAGCCGGUAGAUACCACAGGUGCGGGCGACAUCUACGCAGGCGCCGUUCUUGCAGCUCGUUGUCGCGGUGCUACGCCGGCCCAGGCAGCUCACUUUGCCAAUCGCUGCGCCGCGGAACUGAUUACCCACUAUGGCGCUCGACUGACCGCCAUUGAGGACUAUCAACGCCUGCUAGAGCAACACGGUUAG